AUGAACGGCGAAUGCUCGAAGGAACCUGAAAAUGAUGUUGAGGCCGAGGUUGAGGUCAUUUCCGAAGUUUUGAGUGCCAUGUUAUAUUAUGAACGACACGCGGCUGCGAAAUUCCGGCGACAAGCCAAAGCUUUGAAGUAAGUUGAUUUGAUUAUUGUUUUUGGUGUUUAGAUUGACGAGUCGGAUAGAAUGAAGGUUGUUAUGUAGUUUGCCAGCGAAAAGUUUCGAAUUUUUUUUUUGAUCUGGAUGGUACAACAAAAAUUGAGUUUUUUCCUCGGAAGAUGGUAAAAUAGCUGUAAGCCAGUAUGAUAUAGCUGUGUGUUGGUCUGGCGCUCCGCUGCGUUCUAUUUUGGCCCUGUCGAAGUUGUUUCAACCUGGUUUAAUAUCUAAAUUUUACUUUUAUCCAUGAAAAUAAUAUUGUUUUUGAAAAUUUUGGCCCGAAAACUUUUCUUUCUAGUGUAUUUGGUAGAAAUUUAGUUGACGUUAGUUGUCAGGUUCCUAUUAGAGUACAACUGAUCAGCAGUGGACAAGCUGUAGCAUAUUUCCUCUCAAAACUUUGAUUUGAUACCUAAAAUAAUUAAAAAUUCUAAAAUAUUUGACAAAAUCCCUCUUUUAGGAGUCUAGACGAUGCCGACCGCAAAGCUCUCACCCCAACACUCUCCUCGCACUUCAGGGAGGCGUUGCGUUGCGCCGCGGAGAAUCAGAAAUUCUUGGAUCAGAUAAUAAACUGUGGACGAGUGAUCUUCGACGACAAUUCCAAUUAUAUCAAAGCCAUGGACGGUCUGAAUCAUGGGAAAGUCCCAUCCGAGCAUUACAUGAGCAAAGCGCGGAGCACAUUGAGGCAAAUUGUGCGGGAUUGGAGCGAAGAAGGGAGGCCGGAGCGUGAAUCUUGUUAUAAUCGAGUACUAGAGGCGAUGAGGGAAAUUUACCCUGAAAAACAUGAGCGAUACGAUGUGAAGAGCUUGGUUUGUGGAUCCGGUUUGGCUAGGCUGAAUUGGGAGCUGUUGAAGGAUGGGUUUUCGGUGACUGGAAACGAAUUCUCUUAUUUUAUGAUUUUGGCAUCCAAUUUUAUGCUAAAUGCGUGUAAAGAGGUGAGUAUUUUUGCUUUUUUGUGUCUUUGACUUUUAGGUAAUGGCAGAAUAAGCCUUGUUGAAGGUCUGGCAGCUGUUUCGAUGCUUGAUUUUGCAAAAAAAAAAUAUUUUUUUCCCGAAAAUGAUGAAAAUUUUAAAUUCUUACCUAAAAUGAUAUUAAAAUACGAAGUUGGUUAUUUCAAAUUUAAUUUUUUCUUGUCAGAUUGCUUUUUUUAUGAGAACAAGUCCAUCUUUUCAUCAAAAUCCCUUUUUUCGACAUCAUCUAUAUUAUCCAUGACCUCCUUUCAGAAGGAGCAAUUCACAAUCUACCCCUACCUCCUCGACUUUUCCAAUUGCUGGUCGUAUUCGGAUGCCCUUAGGCCGGUAAAGAUCCCCGACAUCGACCCCUCUUCACAAUUGGACAACACUUCCCGGCCAAACUCUUUUUCCAUGUGCGCCGGCGAUUUUGUAACCGCCUUUGAGGGUUACGAGCAAAUUUUCGACACCGUAAUCACUGUGUUUUUCAUCGACACAGCCGUGAACCCAUUCAAGUACAUCCAGACCAUCAAACGGUUGCUGAAACCGGGCGGAAGAUGGAUCAAUUUCGGCCCAUUGACCUAUCACUUCGAGGACAGCGAGGAGGAUUCGAUCGAAUUGCCUUUUGACCUGCUGCUCGAACAGAUCAAACGGUACGGAUUUGAGAUGGAAAUAGUGGAAGAGAAUAGGGAUAAACCAAGCUACUACACGAAGAACCCAUGGUCAAUGCUCGGCUACCAAUAUUUAUGCGGGUUUUUCCAGGCCCGCCUACCUGUUGCCAUGGAGAAGAAAGAAGAUGAGAAAAUAG